AUUUGCUGCCCUCUCUUGGUGGGUAAAUGCAAUGUUGAAUGUAAUGAAAUUCGUGUGACUGUAAAUGAAAUGUUAAAUUUCACAGGUUAGAGAAAAGUCUGUAUGGGAUUCACAUUCCUCUUUCCAUUAUUUGGAAGGGUUUCAGAGAGAAGCUUGUACAUUAUUUACAUGGAAGGAUCAUUAACAGAAGACGGCCUGUAAUGAUGAGUACACAGUAGUCUCUGGAGACGUUCAGACGUUACUGGCUUUGGCUCUGAGCUGCUUUGAGAGACAGAGAUCCAAUCACAGCAGACACUAUGGUGAAGGGUAAGAAGAAAUCCAGUAAUGAACCAUCCGGUAGAAAAAUAACACUCAAGAUGGCCAGAAAUGCUCUGAAGGUAACUGUGGAUGGGAAACGUCGUCUAGACCUUAGCAACAUGGAGAUAUCCACCUUCCCCAAGUGCCUCCUGAAGCUGUAUGACGUAGAUGAGCUAGAUCUCAGUCGCAACCUGCUCAAGAAGAUCCCAGACACCAUUGACAAGUUUGUGAACCUUCGAUGGCUGGACCUGCACAGCAACCACCUAGAGCAGAUCCCUGCGGCUAUAGGCCGUCUGCAUAAUCUCUACAACCUCAACUUGUGCAACAACCACCUGACCACCCCUGGCAUACCACACGAGUUAGGGAACCUGAAGAACCUACGCAUCCUUAACCUUGGAAUGAACCGCAUAGAGACCCUCCCUCUUUCUAUGGUUGCUCUCAAAGAACUUCGAGAGCUGGGGCUCUUCAACAAUCUCCUGACACAGUGUCCCAAGUUUCUCCAGAACCUCCCAAAACUGCAAAAGGUGAACAUCAAAUCCAAUCCCAUUCCUACAGAAGACCAUGUGGAAGUGGACAGCAUCCAGAGAGUUGAGUGUCUGUACCUGGUAAGAGAGGAGUGUCUGUGUCCUGGCUGCUUGAAAGCGUGCAAGGAGACACAGGAGAGGUUAGAGAGUCGAAUAAGCACUGCUUUAACGCAAAAGAGAGCCAUCUUCGCAGGGCUCCUUACACCAAACUCUGUAGCACAAGAGAAUGAGGCUGUGUGGAGAUGAAAAACAGACAUUUAAAGUGCUUUUGAAUGUAACACUGGGUAUUAAUAUUGGCACUAGAAUUGAUGAUUGUUAUUUCAUGAAAUCAUAAUAAACAUGUAGGCAUUUACUGUACUAGAUGCUUUCAAAUGUGACUUGCAAAACAAUAAAGUGAUUCAUGCUAGGAUGCAAUAUAAGAAGUGCUAUGAUAUCAUUUUUCAACAAUUGUUAUAGACAUAUGCAACACAAACGCAAGGCAAUACUUAGUAUUUCAUGAGGUAGCUAUUUCAAAUGGAUUUGUACACACUGAUGCUGUACAUUUUAGUAUGAUCUGCUUUCUCAUUGUCCCCCAAAUGUCUUUCUUUGUUCUUCAGAACCCAAACAGUUUUUUUGUAAAUGUUGUUUUGUGGUUACUCUCUUCAAUCUUCAAAAGUGUUAAAGAAAUAACUCCACUUGAUUCAUGCUGUACAUUUGAGGUGUUCUGAAGCAGUGGCGGCUCGUGACUGCUCUUCCGAGGAUGCGCUAAUUCAAAAUAAAAGGGCACAUAUUAUGCAUAUAAGUGUUCAGAUUGUCACAUGUGUGGUUCCCUUUUCCAAAAUAUGUGUCAUGCGUGUGGAGAGAUCCUGUGUGCAUCACGUGUUUUGUCAAAAUAAGUGCCUGCUGCACACGCGUCAAAACCGUUUAUGAUAAAAGAGACGCUCACGUUCACUGAAUACACGCAAGACACUCCGUUAACAGUAAACUCUGAUUACGCAUGAGAUUGUGCUAGUAUCUGGCAAACGCGAGCGUCAAGGUAGCAGGCACUUAUUUUGGCAUGACA